GCCCGAUACUGAUCUGGCAUCGCACUCACCCGUUGGUGCGUUCGGGUUCCAUUUAAAACGCAGAACUUUUCAGCACGCGCGCACACGCACACGCCGAGGCACCGAGUCCAGAGGUACCGGCCGGCUCGGCAAUUUGGUUCGACUUCAUCGAGUUCGAAAGGGGUGAAAGAGAACAUGACCGCUGUUGUACUCCAGAGAAGGUUCGAAGUCCAAACGUUUCAGCUCCAUUGAAGCCAAGUUUUGCAGUGCACUUCUCCUUCAGCAGAUCGCGCAGCCAUGGCCAGCGUCGGAGCCGGAGCGGAGAGGCAUCGCGGCGGCCAAGCCCCGGGCCCCGACGGAGGCUGGGGCUGGGUGCUGGUCGGGGCCCUUUUCGUCAGCACCGGCCUGGUGUUCGGGCUCAUGCGCGGCAUGGGCAUCUUUUUCGUGGAGUUGGUGCAGUACUUUGAGGAGAGCGCUCAAGCCAUCUCGUGGAUUUCCUCCAUCGGCCUGGCGGCGCAGCAGUUCUUCAGCCCCCUGGGUGCCGCCUUGUCCAACGCGUACGACGCGCGGCCGGUGGUGAUGGCGGGAGGCUGCCUGGCCGGGCUGGGCCUGGUCCUGGCCUCGCGGGCCACCUGCCUGCUGCACCUCUACCUCACGAUGGGCCUCCUUUCAGGGUUGGGCUGGGGCCUGGUCUUCACGCCCAUGGUGGCCAGCGUCCUGGCGAGCUUCACCCAGCGGCGCAGCUUGGCCCUGGGCCUGGCGUUCUCAAGCAUCGGCCUGGUCUCGUUCGCCUUCAACCCCCUCUUUCAGUUCCUGGUGGAGACGUACACCUGGCGCGGGGCCCUGCUCAUCAUCGGGGGGCUCAGCCUCAACAUCGUGCCCUGCGCGGCGCUCAUCCGACCGCGGCGGAGGCGGCGGCGGCCCGACGACCUUGUGAAGGUGGAUAGCGAGAGCAAGUCGUCAUGCGGCGGCGGCGCGUUUGAGCGAGCGGCCUCCUACUUGGAGCUGUCGCUGCUGUGCGAGAGGCCUUACCUCACCUACACCUUGGCCAUCUCCCUCCUCAACGUGGGCUACUUCGUGCCUUACGUCCACCUGGUGGCCCACGGCCGACACGUCGGCUUCUCCGAGUACCUGGCCGCCUUCGUCCUGUCGGCCGCCGGCGCCACCGACAUCGUGGGGCGCGUGGCCUCGGGCUGGUUCUCCGACCUGGGCCACUUUCGGCUCAUCCACCUGCUGAGCGUGUGGACGGCGCUCGCCGGCGUGUUCAUCAUGCUGCUGCCCGUGAGCACCCUGUGGGGCUCCUACGCCGCCCUGGUGGCCGUCGGCCUCUGCUACGGCUUCUGCUCGGGGGCGCUGACCUCGCUGGCCUUCACCGUGGUGCCGACGGUGGUCGGCGUCGAGCGCGUGAUGGGGGCGCUCGGGCUGCUGCAGCUUAUCGAAAGCUGCGCGGGACUGCUGGGAUCGCCGCUGUCGGGGCUGCUCCGGGACAUCACGGGGGACUACACGGUCUCCUUCGUGGUGUCAGGCUCCUUCCUCAUCCUCAGCACGCUCACCAUGGCCACUCUGCCGCACUACUUCUCCCGCACGGAUCCGCCUCCGCGGCCGCUGGCAGCGGCACCAACGGUGCCGGCGGCCGAGACGCAACAUCUCGGCUCAGAGACGGAGAAGAUGAAUGAGUUGCCGGACGGCGCCAAUCACUGACGUGCCUCCGCCACUCACAAAAAUUCAGGAAUACUUAUUGGACUUGCAUUGACAAGUUGAGAGAAGGUCAGCUGACCUUUUUUUUUUUUUUUGGUCAAGGUUGCUGCAUUUUCCAUAGUGUGAUUUCAUCCCAAACAUUUUGUGAGGAGGGCUUAUGAUUUGGUGUUAUUUGAUGAUCACGUUUGCACGUGGUCGCUGAAAUGGAGCGUUCUUGUUAGGGUCAGUCAAUGCAAAAUGUGAAUCUCUGGAAGAUGGUAGCACGCCGUCAACCGCUGUGAAAAUGGACACUUUAAUGGAGACCAAAAGUAAUGAGAAUGCAAAAUAAAAAAUCUGCUUUUCGCAUGUCCCGUACACUCAGGAAUACAAGACUAUCGUUAUACAAGUGUCGUUUCGUUCCGGGACAAUAACUACAUUUGUACUUUUGCAGACCAUAAUAAAACAUCGGACUGGUGGGUACUUGAUUACUUGGAUUGUUCUGCCUCGGCACUCGUGCAACCCUGCACUCUGGCACCGACUCGUUUAGUUGGGUUUCAUGAACUUUACUGGUAUUAUUUUGAAAUAUGUCCUUUUGGGAAAAUUGAAAAACCAAAUUGUCGCUCCCUUGCUCGCUGACACCUGAGCAUAAGACAAGCAAACAGAAGCAGAGCAAAGGGACCGUAGGAUGCCGAGAGGAUUCGGAAGCGAGGCGGAAAUAGCGAUGUUUCUGAUGAAGAGUAUCGAUCAACUCUUUUUAA